CGCUGCGGCUGUUGUGUAAGCACUAAGCAGCAACAAUCAACAAUCAAUAAUCAACAAUGGGUGUUAACUCCAACAGAGUGGAACACUUCGACAGCCAUGAAACCACCAUCAAAAUCCAAACCAUGCCAUCAUUUCAAAUCCAUGCAGUGCAGUUGCCACCCCAACAAACCACUCUCCAUAAACUCAGACACAGACUCUCCGAAAUCUUCUUCCCCGAUGACCCUCUCCACCGUUUCCAAAACCAAACUUGCUUCAAAAAGUUCCUCCUCGCACUUCAGUACCUCUUCCCCAUUUUCCACUGGGCCCCUCAUUACAACUUUACCCUUCUCCGUACUGAUCUCAUUUCCGGCCUCACCAUUGCCAGUCUCGCCAUUCCUCAGGGGAUCAGUUACGCCAAACUUGCAAACUUGCCACCAAUUGUGGGACUAUAUUCAAGUUUCGUGCCUCCAUUGGUUUACUCACUUCUCGGAAGUUCUAAACAUCUCGGUGUUGGACCGGUUUCCAUUGCGUCUUUGGUAAUGGGAUCAAUGUUGAACGAGAAAAUUUCUUACACUCAAGACCCAACUCUUUAUCUAGGAAUGGCUUUCACCGCAACUUUCUUUGCUGGUGUGUUCCAAGCUUCUUUGGGUAUACUAAGGUUAGGAUUCGUGAUUGAUUUUCUGUCGAAGGCAACGCUGGUUGGAUUCACGGGUGGAGCUGCCAUUAUUGUUUCACUGCAGCAGCUUAAAGGCUUACUUGGAAUCGUGCACUUUUCUAACAAGAUGCAAAUAAUCCCUGUUUUGAUCUCUGUUUUCGACCAAAGACACGAGGUACAGAGCACCACCAAAUCUAUUCGCAAUUUACUUUAACAAUGCUUCGAAUCA